UUGCAAUCUUUUGUUUCAAAAAUUUAAAACGACUUAAUAAUUUGCAACUAUUUAAAACCAUUUCCAACUUAACUUUUAGUUAUAAAAUAAACAUAAUUUUGAAAUGGAAGAUUCUGGAGUAUUUAAUCUGAACAGGAAUUCAGAAACCGAUACUCCAAUAGUGACACCAGUGAAACCUAGAUUGGGUAAAUUCUUCGAUGUUUACUCGCCGGAACAUCUUAAUUUAUCUCCGAAAAUAACGAAAGGCUUCCAUUUCAACGGAGUAAGUAAUGAAAUCGAAAAAUUUGUUACGCCUGAGAAAGCUUCAAAAUAUGACAAUAUAUGGAGGAAGGUCAAUACUCAGCGUAAAUUCCAUGAUGUUUGGAAUAAUUCGUUUGAAGGCAAUCAAAGCUUUCCUCGUAUAAGGCGUAAAAUACGUCCAAUAAGGAUGGAUUCAGAGACUCCAACUAAACUUAAACAGGCAACAGAUUUAGUAAGAGUUGAUGGUCCAAAUGGUCUCCGCUUCAACUCUUCGUUGGCAGUGGGUGAUGUUCCUGGGUCAUCAGCACAAUCUCAAACAGAACGCUUACAGCAAGCUAUCAACACAAGCAAGGCUGUGUUUACUAUAGAGCCCAGUACAUUUAAGAUUCUCAUUGUAAAUAACAAGGCAUGUUCCCUCCUCGGUUAUUCUUCGGGUGAGCUUUGUGGUCUACGGUUUUCAGAUUUAAUCCAUAACAGAAGCAGCAAGACCUUUAGUCUAAACGAACAAGAGGAAGGUGACACUUCUGAAGAUGGAACUGUUGUCUUACUUAGCGGAAAGGUGGUAGAACUACUGACUAAAGAUGGAACAUCUGUUCAAGUAUCGCUCUGGAUAAGACAGUUAGACAAUGAUGGGCCCUGCUUAGUUAUUGCGGAACCUGUCAGCUGUAAAAAUGUGGUGUUAACAGUGGAUGCGGAGACAGGUAUCAUAGUGUCGUGUGACGGUGGCGACGCAGCUCUGCUGUUCCAGGCAGACUCGGCAGACAAACUGGUGGGGCUGCCUGUCGCCUCACUCAUACCUUCCAUACAUCUGCCCUCCUAUGACACGCCUAUAUCUAAGAACAUCUCCAAACAGAAGGCUACAGGCAGGACUUUAGACGGUGGCUCCUUCCCACUGUGUUUGUGGAUAUCUAAAACUACAAGUCUGGAAUGUUCACCGUGGACAGGGAUCAAGACCAACCGAGAGAGGCCAGUGUAUAUUGUUAAUGUCAGGGUAACUUUCAACGUAAGUGGUCUUCUUGUGGUGGAUGAAGCUGGUAUAAUAACAGCGUGCAACCAGCACUUCGCUAUGUUGACCUUCGGCAAGUCGCAGUCCGAGGUGAUCGGUCACCACAUCACCGACGUCAUACCCAACUUCUGCCGCGAGGCUGACAUGCUAAAGGGAGGCGACAGGAAUAGAAAUAUGACUUUGUCACCUGUCAACAAUGGUGACGAUGCAUCAGCUUCAGACACUGACGAUGACUCAUGUGGCGCUUUCAAUGGCAGUCAGAAAUCAGCCUGCAUGUCACUCAAUGUCCACCAAUCCAUACAAUCCAUAUCUACCACGAGAGAGAAGUCUUCUAGUGCAUUGUGCCUCGACAAGUCGUCCAGUAUGAUCACUCAUACACCCACACCCACACAAGACAUGGUCUCCAGCAUCAGUACGACUGAACAGAGGAAUGAUACAUCAGCAUUACCAGAUGUUACAUCAGCCAUGUCAGGAAUAUCCAUUGAUGAUGAAAACUAUUGUCACAGUAGUAUCUCUAAAUCGCGAUCAGAGAACAUUCUGCGUUCUGAACAGAGUAGCACCCAAAGUAAACAGGCGCCAUCUAAACCAUCGGAAAAGUCUGAGUCUAUUUAUUAUACAUCACAGCAUUCUCAAGAAGUCACUCCAACGGGGAAUACACCAAGACUCCGUUUAAAUGACCCAUCACUCCGGCUGUCUUUUGACUCUAGUAAAUGCAAGUCAGUGAAAGUGAAUCAAGGGAAAGAGGAUAAAAGCAGUAUAUCUCUAGACUUUUGCGACUCAAAUGAGACCAGUGCUGAUUUCUUGACUCCGAUCAAUGAGAUGCCUCCCCCGGGAUGUGAGAUAGAGGAUCUACCUAAGCAUAAUGGUAAUGAUAGUGUGGAUAGUUUGAGUAAUGAUAUCGAUUUGGAAACACAAACUGAAUCUGCGCCCAGGAAGAGGUUUGAAGAUGAAACACCGGAGACUCCGUGCGUCGCUAAGCGGUUGUUGAGGAGUCAGGUGACAACGUCGACACCGCAGCAGACGCGCGCGCCCGCGCCCACAGACUGCGGGGACGGCGCCUACCGCGGUCUCGUGCUGCACAAGGACGGCACUGAACUACACGUGGUGUACACGGUGUCGACGAUGCAGCUGUGCGGGGGCAGCCGCGUGCGCUGCGUGUGGCUCGGCGUGCGACGCGAGGACGCGCGACACGCCACGCUCGCCUCCAGCCUCGCCUCCACCGCGGACAACUCCCUCGUCAUGGGUAACAAAUCAGUGAGCAGCCGGCCGCAGUCGAUGUCUCUGAUGAGCCAGUGCGGUGAGGAGCAGCUCGCCGGUGAAUACAGCAAGCAUUAUGUCACUCUCAAACAGAUUGGCAAAGGUGCGUACGGUUGUGUGAAGAUGGCGUACCGGCGAUCAGAUCGGCUGCUAACGGUGGCCAAGUUCAUCCUGAAGGAGAAGGUGGGCGCGCACUUCUGGGUGGACGGACCAGACGGCCGUAAGGUGCCGCUCGAGCUCAGCCUGCUCACCACACUCAAACAUCCCAAUAUUGUGAGCGUGUUGGACGUGUUCGAGAACGACAAGUACUUCCAGAUGGUGAUGGAGAAGCACGGCGCCGGCAUGGACCUGUUCGAGUUCAUAGAGCGCAGGCCGCGGCUGGACGAGCCACUCAUUAGCUAUAUAUUUAGACAGAUAGGUCAAGCUGUGGAAUAUCUGCACUCGUUGAAUAUCCUGCACCGUGACAUAAAGGACGAGAACGUCAUCAUAGACAACAAGUUCCACGUGAAGCUGAUAGACUUCGGCUCCGCGACAUUCAUGAGUCCAGACACGCUCUUCUCCACAUUCUACGGCACCACCGAGUACUGCAGCCCUGAAGUACUCACCGGCAAUAAAUAUGCUGGUCCUGAAUUAGAAAUGUGGUCAAUGGGGAUAACACUGUAUGUGCUGACAUUCUUUGUUAACCCGUUCUCCGACAUCGAGGACACCGUGCACGGCGCUCUCGCCUUCCCGCAGAUGGUGUCUGAAGACAUGGAGCACCUGCUGCGGUGGAUGCUGUGUAAGGAGCCGGCGCACCGCUGCAGCGUGCCGCAGCUCAUGUCACACCCAUGGAUCAAGCAGCCAGUCAACAUCAGCAACUAUAUCUUCCACGAAGUCAUUGAUUGUGAUCGUCACGAAGCAAACCCAGAAAUGUAUUUCAGUGGGAGUCUUGGAUCGCCUAAAAGCAGCUCCCCAGUGUCGCUUGCCGAUCCACAGAUUAAAGAACGUUCGAACCCGUCAGAGAUGGCGAUACGGUCGGAUGUGCGCAACGUGUCGCGCGAGGAACGCAAGCGCGGCUCGCUGGCACUGCACGCGCUCUCCGCUGCAGACCGCGACGCGCACUCUGACAACUACAGCCUGCGCUCCUCCGCCGAUAUAUUAGAUAUAUCAUCGAAACCGGUGUCAGACGCGGCGCUGACGGACAUCAGCUCGGACGCGACCGGCCACGCCGCCUGCGACAUUGACUGCGACUGCGACCACUACGACUGCGACAGCUGGGACGAGUGCGAGCAGGACAGCUUCUCUUAAACAUAUAACGAAUGAAAGAGACGACAUGUUAUAGACCUAUAGAUACCCGUAAAGAUUGAAUGAUUUGCAGAUAAUAACCAAAAGAAGGUCAAAUAUGUAUUUAAAUUCAAUAAUUCCUGUGUUACAUCUUUCUAUCUCUUUCUUUACCUUUAGACAUAGCAAUAAAGCAACUCAUAUCAUUUUUAAGGUUGCCUAUAGUUAAGAACGAUAUUUUCAGAUAUUUUAGUGAGUCUGAACUUACGAGAACACAAUGUUAAGUAUUAUAAUAUAUCAUCCCAUUGGAUAUGAUCACCUUGGCCCGCCAAGAUAUUUGAAAUGAAUAAUACUAGCCGGAAACUGCUUAAUUAUUUGUCUUUCUAAAAAACUUCGUGAUAGCAGAAAAUCUGCAUAAAGUAUGUUAGACCUGUUAAUUCACAGAGAGAUAAUGUUUUAUGUGAAUGUUUCGGAUAGUGGGAACUCGAAUUACCGAAACAAGAACGAAGACGAUUUAAAAAAUAAGUAUUGGACAAAAGUGUCGGAUUUGUAGAGACUGAUUGGACUUAUGAAUUGUUAGUAUUAUUUAUGGUCCCUCGGACUUAUGUAAUUAGCUGAUACGUUGUAAAUAAGUUUAUUAUUAUAUAUGUGCUUAUAUAUAAAACAAGACACGGUUCGACAUCUAUUCUUCUUCGACAUCUUUUACGUCGAUUUCUUCACACAUUUAUUUCCUUGGAUUUAAUUAUUUUUUUAGAAUUAUGUAAGCACAUUCGAAUUGUGGAUUAUUGAAUGAUUGAUGAGAAAACAGUAUUAUUUUGUAACGAUAGAGGCUUAUGAUUAAUUUAAUUUAUAUUUAUUUCCCGACAAUUUAAACUGAGGGCCUAUCAUGAAUAUUCGUGAUUACGUUUUCAUUACGACAUCAAUGACAUUAUUAAAAUUUGUGCAGCGCCUUCACCAAGCGUAAAAUACACCAACAGAUCUCAUAGAAAUAUUUUGUUGAUAACAUUACGAAGGCGAGUAUCGCAAGUAUUCGCGCUAUGCCCUCUAGUCAUUACUUUAACGUACAUAAAUUGCCAACUGCGGCGUGGUCGUGAAUUUAAAGUCAUAUGUAGUCGUAGACAAUAAGUUAUUUUAAAAAAUAAAUAUUUUUUCAAACACAAUCAGUAUUAAUUCGCAACUAAAUUAGGAAAAAAAACACUUAUUUUAAUGUAAAAUUAUUUAUACAAUGAUAAUAAUUAUGGUAUAGAUGAGCUUUAUAGAGUUAGUAUGCAAACUAUGUGUAAAAUUAAUAUAAUUAUUGUAUAGCGACAUCGCCGACCCUCAUACAAACUGGUGAAUUGUGCAUGGAAUUGUAAAGAAAAUAAAAAUCUGUUGCAGCAAAUAUAUGUCUUUACCCUAUAGCAGUAAUUAACAAAAAGAUAUUGAGGCUUUUUAGUUUUAUUUAAGAUAUUUCAGGACAUUCUGUUUGUUAAUUACUCUGUGGGGUGUGCAUUUUACAUCGCAGAUGUGUUGUCUUCCAGCGAAGUGAGAUGAUCAUGCUUGUUCUAUGAAUUUAAUCAUGCAUCUAAACAAUAAUACACUUUUCUAACGAUAUAAUUAGUAAUAAAUACCGAAAAGAUAAUUUUUCGCUACACAAAUGUAUGUAAUAGUUUAAUUCAAAUGAAUUUCAUAACUCCACCAAGAAUAUUCACAACCAAAACGCUAUUAUUCGAAACACAAAAGUAGGACCUAAGCUAAAGUCUGUUUUUAUGACACAAUAUUCAAUAGCUAAUUUACAUAAUGCAUGAUUAGAUUUCGCCAAUAUUGUGAAUUUCAACUGUUGUACAAAUAUAAGAACACUAUUUCUAUGUAUUAUGUAUGUUGUUGCACAUUUGCUACAACAGUGGAAACUCACUGUUAGAUGAUUCCGAAACAAUACAACGAACCUUACACUUAGAAUAGCAAUUCCGCUUAAAAUAUAAAAUGCUUUCAAUAGUUCAAUAACCAAAAAAUAUUAUUUCAAACUCUUAUGAUUAGAUUAAAUUGUAUCAGUAUUAGGACAAUACCUUAAAUAUUUUCUUACGAACCGAACAAAAUUAUAUGCAAUUUAUAGCAUCGAACCUGUUUUUCAAAUUUAUUAUUAGUAUGUUAUUGGGAAUGUUUAUAUCAUUACGUAAAUCGUAACAUAUCGAUGUUAGCUUCAAAUUAUAUUUGACCUUUCCCAGUAAGGAUGAAUUAUUUGUAUUAUAGAUGGCUUAUCCCUACAUUUAUGUUACUAAGUUGUAUAAGUUCCAUUAUCAAUAAAUACUUGUUUUAAAUUAAUUAAAUGGUCAAGAAUAAU